AAUAUACAAGUGAUUUAUACUAAUCUGAAAUGCAAAAGUCUCUCUGCUAACAAUUUUGCAAUUGCAAUUUGAAAAGGGCAUAUUGGUUUCGGAAACGCUUCGACACAUAGCUUAUAAGUGGAUAUACAUAUGUACGUCUAUAAAUAUACAUGCAUGGGACUUCUGCACAGUCUGCCUCAAUUUCCGGCUCAUUUUCAAUGGAUUUGUUAUCAAUAAUCUGGCAACACUGAUUCCUAAGCAUGAAAGCAUUUGGUUUUUUAAAAGUACUAUUCACAUGGUCACACUUCAUUAUAGACUACUCAGAAAUAUCGGAUUCUGGUAGAAUUCAUUCAAUUCACAUUAGGGAACUACCUAAAUACGUUUCGAGUCUAAACUUUAGAGUGAUUCGAGCUUGGAUAUCAAUAUGUCUUUGAGCUUUACUCAAUAUUGGCCAAAGCUUUUGGAAAAAAUUCGAAUCGCCGAUGAAUUACAGAAUAAAGUAGAUGACAUUGCAGCGGAAUUGGAAACAUUUUUAAAAGCAAACUUGACUCGGAAAAUUUGCGUUCAUCCUUUUGGCUCGCGCGUCUUGGGCAUUGCUCAGGAAACAUCCGACUUGGACAUUUACGUAGAAUUUGACGACAGCUUCUACGAUUACAAGAAAUAUACCAAUUGGGAGGACUCUGAGAGACAGAAAAUGAUUUCAAAAGUGUUUGAUUCACAAUCGAAAUGGAUUUGCAUUGAAAAUCGCGGCGGCAAUUGUCCCUUAGUGAUAAUUAAAAACAAACACACGAACUUACAGUACGACUUAAGUUUCACUAACUGUUACGCCUACAGCCAGAACAAAAUAGUCAUAUAUCUAUUCAAACUGCAGCCAAUCGCCCGUUAUAUGAUGAUCUAUUUGCGAGAUUGGAUAAAAAUGCAUGGACUGCAUUUGCGAUUCCGUAACCAUCUACUUCUUUUGAUGCUCAUAUUCCAUUUGCAAAUUCGGGAUGAGCUUCCAUCCAUCGAAAAAUUGCAGGAAAAUCUAAGCCCAAGGAGUGGACCUUACAUUUAUCAUUUCAACGAAUUGCAUCAGAACGAAAUACCAUACGCAAUACCUCUUACGGAGUAUAAUGUACAAGCUAAACUAAAGGAGUUUUUCAAAUUCUACAGCAGCUUUCGGUUUGAAAAAUAUGCAAUUUGCCCCUAUUUGGGAAGAUAUAUAGAGCGAUCGAUGCUCAAGUUAUCCAUGCCGAAAAGAUACCAGAUGACCGAUCGGGAUGGUAAGUUUACCCGAUUUCCCGUGGCCAUCCAAGAUUUCAUUAAUCUUAACUAUAAUAAAGCAUGGCAAAUCCGUCAUAUGGACUUAUCGAAAUUCAUCAACAUAUCCGCUUCGGAGCGCGUUGAACGGAUUGCCCAUAACUAACCAUUUCUCGUUUAUGAACCUGAGAACAAAGCUAAUGAAAUACUCAACGCAAGUGAACAUUUGACUGCACUUAUCAUUUAUCUCAU